UUUUCUUUUUCUUUUUUUAACAGGGCCUACGGCUUUUAAACGAGAAAAAACAUGAUGGAGAUGUAUUUGAUUUCAGUCAUUUUAGGAAGUAUCCUCAUCAUACCGUUCGCACUCAAAACCAUGUGUCCUUAUCUGUGGAUGGAUAUUCUGUAUGUCGGGGAUCUUCUGCAGAUUUUAGUGAAGUUUGUCUCGAGGAAAAGAAGGAGACCUCUCUUCUUUGUUUUGGACCGUUUCUUGGAGCAGGCGGCGGCACACCCGGAGAAGCCGUUUAUUGUGUUUGAAAAUGAAAACUACUCGUACACAUAUACAGAUAAGAGGAGCAACAAAACAGCCAACGCGCUGCAGUCUCACCCUGGGUAUAAAGCUGCGGACACAGUCGCACUUUUCAUGGGGAAUGAACCCGCCUUCAUGUUUACCUGGCUGGCCCUGGCUAAAUUAGGCUCUCCUGUGGCUCUUCUGAAUCACAACAUCCGCACCAAGUCUCUGCUGCACUGCUUUAACUGCUGUAAGGCCAAAGUGCUGAUUGCAGCCUCAGAGCUCAAGGAAGCAGUAGAGGACGUGUUGCCCUCACUGAGGGAGCAGGGCGUCACCGUCCUCCUGAUGACCAAACGCUGUGACACACCUGGGAUCGAGAGCUUCUCUGAUCGAGUGGACGAGGCAUCAGAAGAUCCACUCCCUCGCUCCCUCAGAUCGCACAUCACAUUCAAAAGUCCUGCAGUCUAUAUUUACACUUCUGGAACGACAGGCCUCCCUAAGGCAGCUGUGGUCAACCAAAACCGUCUCUUAACUGCUCUGGCUGUUUUAUCGUCAAACGGCGUAACAUCUAGUGAUGUCAUCUACCUCAACCUGCCUCUGUACCACACAGCUGGAUUCGUUAUAGGCUUCAUCGGCUCCAUUGAGACAGGGUCGACUAUCAUUCUGAAGAGGAAGUUCUCUGCCUCUCAGUUUUGGGAUGACUGCAGGAAGUACAGUGUGACAGUUGUGCAGUACAUAGGAGAGGUAAUGCGUUACCUCUGCAGUUCACCGAAGAGAGAAAAUGACAAAGACCAUAAAGUAAGACUGGCCAUUGGCAACGGUGUCAGAGCAGAGGUAUGGAAAGAGUUUCUUCAGCGAUUUGGGAAGGUUCAGAUCCGAGAGUUUUACGCCUCCACAGAGGGAAAUGUGGGAUUUGUCAACUACACAGGGAAAAUCGGAGCGAUUGGACGAGUUAACUUUUUUCAUCAGAAGCUGUUUCCAUUCACUCUUAUAAAGUACGACACUGAGCGAGAUGAACCAGUUCGAGAUGCUAACGGCCUCUGUGUGGCGUCGCCCAAAGGUGAGACGGGACUGCUGGUGUCUAAGAUCACAGACAUCGCUCCUUUUGUCGGCUACGCCCAGAACGAGCAACAAACGGAGAAGAAAAGACUUCGUAAUGUCCUAAAGAAAGGAGAUCUUUACUUCAACAGUGGAGACUUAAUGAAGAUCGAUAAGGAAAACUUCAUUUACUUUCAGGAUCGUGUAGGUGACACAUUCAGGUGGAAAGGUGAGAACGUGGCAACGAACGAGGUGUCUGACAUUCUGACGAUGAGUGAUUGUCUCAAAGAAGCCAACGUUUACGGAGUCCAAGUGCCAGGGCAUGAGGGGCGGAUAGGGAUGGCCACCGUCACAGUGAAGGAAGGAGCCCAGUUUGAUGGAAGUAGAAUAUAUCUCCAUGUGGCGAACUACCUUCCUUCAUAUGCUCGGCCGCGCUUUAUAAGAAUACAGGAUGCCGUUGAGGUGACGGGGACUUUCAAACAGAUGAAGGUGAAGUUAGUGGAGGAGAGUUUUGAUCCAGGCCGCAUCCAUGACCCACUUUACAUCCUUGACGAUAAAGAGAAGUGUUACAUACCGAUGACAGCUCAGGUCUACAGCUCCAUCGUAUCAGGAAACAUCAAACUAUGAGUAGACUCUAAGUGUUCAUGAACUGUGCAGGCUUCUCAGUCUGGCUGCAUUGAUACUUUUUAAUAAUAAGCUUUCCUGCUCAGGCUGAACAACUUUUUUUUUACUCAUAAAAUUUGUUUGUAGUCAAAUGGAGACAUUUUUAACAGCUUUAUGAAAAGCAGUAGAUGGGAUCAGAAGUGUAGGAUACAUUUGUAAGGAGUGCAAAGAGGAGAGACAGUUUGAUGAUACAAAAUAUAUAAAAUGAUAUAUUUACUGGCAAGUGUUGCUAUAGAAAGUAUAUUUGCAAGCAUGAUGCUUUCCAGAUGAGAACUGAUGCGUUUUCUUUAUUCAGUCUAUUAAUGGUGUUGAGAACCAUUGCUGUAUGUACGGAUAAAGUGUAAUGAGAUGUUAAUGAGAGUUUUCAGGGAGAAGAAGCUUUAUAUAAUGGUUUAAAAGUUUAAAACAAAUAUGUACACUUAACCUAAUGGGGAUUUUAUAUUUAUGUGACUGUCUGAAUCUGUAAAUAUGAUUUACCUUCCAAAAUAAUAAAAGUGAUUCUUACUCUGAA